GCUGUAAAAGAGCAAUCACCGCGCACUUCCUGAUUUUCAUUCUCAUUCUGUGGACAGCUCUAGAAUCCAAGCCAAAGUCCUAAAAUGAGUUAUCCUGGAUAUCCACCCCCCUCUGGUGGCUAUCCACCCCAGGGUGGAGGCUAUCCCCCUCAGCAAGGUGCUUACCCCCCACAACCAGGAGCGUACCCACCACAAGCUGGAGGAUACCCACCCCAGCCUGGAGCUUACCCCCCAGGUGGUGGAUACCCACCUCCAGCUGGGGGAUACCCCCAGGCACCUGGAGGCUAUCCUGCACCUCCGGGAGGAGGUUAUCCUACUCAGGGUGGAGGUUACCCACCCCAAGCCGGGGGCUACCCUCCUCCUGGCCAGCCCGGGGGCUAUCCUUCCGUGCCCCCUGCAAGUGGAUGGGGUGGUGGACCUGGCCCUGGUUACGGGGCACCAGGAGGGGGAAUGCCUCAGGGUUACCCCGGAGGCCCCGCCCCAGGGCAGCAGCCAAUGCCAGCGUAUCCAGGUGGGGCACCUGCGCCCAGCCCUUCCAUGCCGGGCUAUGGGGGCGGAGCCCCAGCUGGUCCUGCCGGUCCCGCAGUACCUGCUGUGAACAGAGGUUACCGUGGCUCCAUUAGUGAUUACCCUGGAGCCGACCCCCUGAGAGACGUGGAGGUCCUCCGCAAGGCUAUGAAGGGAUUUGGCACGGAUGAGAAUGCCAUCAUCGAACUGCUGGGGAGUCGGACCAAUAAGCAGAGAGUGCCCUUGGUCGCAGCUUACAAAACCACUUAUGGAAAGGAUCUCGUUAAGGAUUUGAAAUCUGAGCUGACUGGAAACUUUGAGAGACUUGCUCUAGUGAUGUUGAAGACACCUGCUCAGUUUGAUGCCUACGAACUAAAGGAGGCCAUUCAGGGUGCAGGAACUGACGAGGCCUGUCUGAUCGAGAUCCUGGCCUCUCGUGAUAAUGCCGAGAUAAGAGAGAUCAACCGAAUUUACAAAGAAGAGAAUGGGAAGACACUAGAGGAUGCCAUUAGCAGCGACACCUCUGGGCAUUUUCGCCGGCUCCUCAUAUCUUUGUCUCAGGGUAAUCGAGAUGAACGAGAGAAUGUGGACGUUUCUUUGGCCAAACAGGAUGCACAGAAACUCUAUGCUGCUGGCGAGAAUAAAGUGGGCACGGAUGAGUCCCAGUUCAAUGCCAUUCUGUGUGCCCGGAGUAAACCACAUCUCAGACAAGUGUUUUAUGAAUACCAGCAGAUGUGUGGCCGAGACAUAGAGAAAAGCAUCUGCAGAGAGAUGUCUGGGGACGUGGAGAGUGGAAUGGUGGCUGUAGUAAAGUGUAUUAAGAACACACCCGCCUACUUCGCUGAGAGACUCCACAAAGCCAUGAAGGGGGCGGGCACCAAGGACAGAACUCUGAUCCGGAUCAUGGUGUCCCGUUCGGAGGUGGACAUGCUGGACAUUAGACAGGAGUUUGUGCGUCAGUACGGCAAGUCCCUGUACACCAGCAUCUCUGAGGACACCUCUGGAGACUACAAGAAGCUGCUGCUGAAGCUGUGUGGAGGAAACGACUGAGAGAAAACUUAAAAAUGCAAAUGAAACCAGAAAACCUGGAAAACCUGGCAAUCUAUACAACAAUCUAUCUAUAUAUGUAUUUUUACAGCACUAGGCCAAUAUCGACAGUCUAAUAUCACGUUAUAAUAAUUGCUUUGCUAUGCUGAGUUUUUUUUUAAAAUUUUAUUAUUGUUAUUAUUUACUUCACAGCACAUUUCUUUUUGAUAUAGAUACACACAUUUUAGUUCUCCUAUUUUAAAGAAGUUUGAAUUAGAGGUAUUAUAUGUGGCAUAUGUUCUACUAUUUUAUGCAGAUUUUUCUAGAAUGAUUCGGGUAUAAUAAUGUGUUUAAUCCAUGUCCCGCCAAGUAUAUUGUUUGAAAUGAUCAUCUUUUUCUACAUACACAGGUUUAAUUUUAUAUCUUUAAUACAUUCGCUGACAACCAAAAACCAUAAUACUUUUAUCAAUAUAUCAUGUUUACUGUUCUCAUUGCCUUCAGGACUCAUGCACUCUGGUGACUUGAAACGAUAUAUUUCACCUUUUUUUUUUAAAUGUGUGUGCACUAAUAACAAUAAUGUAUAAACAAAUUCAUUGAUAACUAACUAAACAGUGAAUAAUAGUAGCGCUCAAUAUCAAGUGAGGGUCCAUGUCAUUUUUGCUGUAUCUGUUCAACAUACCAGAACUCUCAUAAAGAAGUUAAUGUAUUAUCAUUGAUAGAUCUACCAAAGCUUAACUGUAAUCUAACACCAUUAUUCAAUAAGUGGCAUAUAAAAGUUGUCUGACCAUAUCAUAACUUGUUGUCCUAUUACUGUACUGUUGUUUUAAUCACAAAUGAAUUGAAUGUAUGUUGAAGUGCCAGUAGAUGGCAGCUUAAACCCCUAGAAGAAAUCCAGGAUGUUAACUUUAUACAACUCAAUGGCCCUGCAUCUGAAAUGCAAGACUAUAGUUGUUGAAUAUCUUGGAUCAUUUUACUAAUAUGUGCUUGUUUUUACUGACUGUUUCGCUUUACUAAUUCAACUAAUCAUGUCUUGAAAUUUAUCCGCUUUUGUCCAUAAAUUGCCGGUGCCUGAACUAAUGUUGGUCACAGAAAUGAUUCAGAAUAAAGGAAACAAAGCAUGA